CAUUACUGCUCCAAAUAUUUCAUUAAACAUGCUUGGUGAAAAGUAAAUAUAACUUUGCAAUCUCUCUGCUUUGUCAUAUUUUACUUCUCGCAGUAUUUCUACUCAAGUUUGGUGGUGGUGUCAUCUUUGAAGGUUAGGGCAUAUCCUAGCACUGAUUUGCUAGUGUUUUGUGUGGUUUGCGGAUUGUCAUUGGGUUUAGUGAAGACUUUCAAUGGGAAACAAUGCAAGUGUUGGUGGAGGAGCUGGAAAUACGGACUUGCUGAAGAAGUCCAAUAAGCUUGAAUUUGCAGUCAAGAUGACUUGCAAUUCUUGUGUUGAACAGAUAAGAUCUAGUCUGAAUGGAAUUCCUGGUAUUCAUUCAGUUGAUGUUGACUUGUCCACUGGUUCUGUUGUUGUUGAUACAGUUCUUCCAUCCCAUGAAAUUCAACAUCGUAUAGAAACUACUGGAAAAGAUGCAAUUCUCCGAGGUGUCGGAAGCAAAGAACAUAAAAAUCUUGGUGCGGCUGUGGCUAUGCUAGGUGGUGAAAGUGGGUUUAGUGCUGUUGGCGUCCAUGGAAUAAUACGCUUGACUCAAAUUGAUGAAACAAAUUGUAUCAUAGAUGGCACAAUUGAUGGAUUAAGUCCUGGUAAACAUGGGCUGCAUGUUCAUGAAUGUGGUGACAUUUCAAAUGGAUGUGAAAGUGUUGGCGAUCACUUCAAUCCAUAUGGAGUAAAUCAUGGUAGUCCAGAAAGUGAUAAAACACAAAGACAUGCUGGGGAUUUAGGCAAUGUUGAAGCUGGAGUUGAUGGACGGGCUGUUUUUCGUAUUGUCGACCCUAUUUUGAAAGUGUGGGAUAUUAUUGGCCGAUCCAUUGUCGUCACUGAUUCAGAGGAUGAUUUUGGCUUGGGUGCAAGUGAAAAGUCUAAAGUGGAUGGCAAUUCUGGUCACAGGCUGGCUUGUGGUAUAAUUGCAAGAUCAGCAGGCUUAUUUGAGAACAGCAAGAAAAUUUGCGCCUGCGAUGGCCUUACUCUUUGGGAUGAGAAAAAUAAACCGUUGGCUGGAAACUCUCGUCAAAAUAAGCCUCAGCAACAGGAGCCCACAUCAAGCAGACUGUAGAUUCCUCCCUGUAGACUGUAAAUAGCUUUUAGGUAUACCGAUUCCACACAAGGUGAUGUCUUGACCUUUUGUUUGUUUAUUUUUGUGAAGCAGCCUAUUUUUUUAUAAAGAUUAUGUGAUAUUUAAUGUUUA